AUGGUCGAGCUUCGUUACGAGUACAACGAGAAUUUCGUUGAACCCAACGCCAAAACGAACGUAGUCAUCGCCGCCUUUACCACCGCUUAUGCCCGUCUCAAACUCUAUGGAGUGUUGUAUCAACUUCAAGAGCGAGUGUUAUAUUACGACACGGACUCGGUGAUAUUUGUUAGCAAACCCGACGAACCGGAACCUCCGCUAGGUCCUUACCUAGGCCAAUUGGCCAGCGAAUUGAAAGAAGGACAUAUUACUAGCUUCAUUUCGGGCGGACCGAAGAAUUACUGUUGCAAGUCUAGUACCAAAUGUAAUGUUACGGGGCAAGUUACCGUGGAUAUACCGUUAAAGAUAACUCGGAACACGAGGACCAAAAAUAUUGAAACCAAACGCAUGAGAAAAGACUACAGAAUAGUUUAUGAUAAGCGCUUUAUUGUAGAUGAUUACAAAACAUUAUCUUAUGG